UGUUGUGUUUAUGUAAGUACUGAAUCCGAUCCAGAAGAAAGUGUAAUGUUGGAAAAAUGGUUGAUCUAGCUAGGCAGGCGUUUAGUUCUAGAAAUUAUGAUUUAGCUGCAGAUAUUUAUGAACGAUCUAUAUCAGAACAUGGACCAAAACCCGAAUUACUUCUUGGAUUAGCUGAUUGUUUUGCCAAGGCUGGUCACUUUGAGAAGGCAUUUACUGCAUAUUCGAAAGCCUGUAGAGUUGGAUGUGUUUCUCACAAGGAUUUAAAACAUUUGGUUUCAUCUUUGGUGAAUUGCGUUAAGCAAGAAAAACAGGUAGACGCCGUUAUGAACAGCACGGUAAUGUUCGACUGCUUAAUAUGCCGAAAUAUGCUGAACGACCCUGUGACUAUACCAUGUGGACACACAUUUUGUCGUUCAUGUUUAAGUAAAGAGACAUCCAAACAGUGCAAGAAUUGUGGGACAGUAAACCAUUAUCUAAAUGUUUCAAGGAUCAAAUCGAACAUUUUAUUAAGUCAGGUCGUUGAAAAUUGGUUUCCGGAUCAUUGUAAAGCGGUCAAAAUUAAAAAAGACGCAAACUGGGCUUUUCAGUCGUGUAACUUUAAGGAUGCGAUAAGUCUAUAUACUAAUGCUAUUGAAAUGGCACCAACAGAUCAUAUAUUAUGGAGUAACCGUUCCCAUGCUUUCUGUAGACUGGACCGCUUUAAGGAAGCUCUUGAUGAUGCUGAACAUGUUUUACAACUGAGACCAGACUGGCCAAAGGGUUAUUUUAGACGGGGUUGUGCAUUAUAUGGUUUAGAACGCUAUGAAGAGUCGGUUGUUGCACUAUUACAGUGUCUUGCCUUAGAUUCUACUAUAGAUACUGCCAAAGAUUAUCUCUCAAAGGCACUUCAUAACAUCAUAGUACCAUUGUCUCCAGAUGAUCCAAAAACAGCCGUACUACAACGGGAACUAAAUCCAUCAUUACUUGAUCGUUUAAUUCGCUCUAACUUUGACACAUCAUUACUUCUUCCCAGUGUAACUGUUGAUACUGUGAGACAAUUGAAGGAGAUUAUUACAGAUACUGUUGCCACGGCAACCAAUUUUCUGGAAGGCAGGGCUAGAGCAAGCACUGAUGAUCAGAAUUGUGGGGUGAUAUACACUAGAGAUGGGGGAAGUUCUUCUCAGGAAUCUACAUCAAAAUGCAUAUCAGCACCAGGAUCACGUGCCAGCACGCCAGUACAGAUACCAAAGAGAACAAAUUCCCUGGCUUCCAACAUGUAUUACCUCAACCAGACAUGUGAUGAAAGCAGCAGUGAGGAGGUUGCUAUGUCAACAAGUUCUGAUCAAACUGAUAAUGAUAAUAAAGAUUGUCCGAGAAAUUUCAACAAGCCAGACGUAGAUGCAAGUUUAUUAAAGAAAGAAGAUUUUGAAUGUAGUCUAUGUUACCGUCUAUUGCAUCUACCUGUAACAACACCAUGUGGUCAUGUUUUCUGCCGUCCAUGUCUUGAUAAGGUGUUAGAUCAUAAAACUGAGUGUCCUCUUUGUAAGAGCUGCUUGGCUGAGUAUUUGGCUGAGAGGAGGCAAGCUGUGACAUCUGCUGUAGAGAAUUUGUUAGAGGCAUACUUCUUUGAGGAGACAAGGCUGAGAAAACAACAACAUGAAGAGGAACUUAAUGAAAUAUCAGGGCUAGGAUUGGCUAAUCAGUUGGAAAUACCUGUAUUUGUAUGUACCCUUGGAUUCCCGUAUGUUCCAUGUCCUCUACAUAUAUUUGAGCCACGUUACAGGUUGAUGGUACGACAGUGUAUGGAGUCAGGUAGUCGUCAAUUUGGAAUGUGUACAGCAACAGGGGACGGAGAAGAGGAUUUCUCCGAGUAUGGGUGUAUGCUAGAGAUUCGAGAUGUUCAGUUUUUCCCGGACGGCAGAUCUCUGGUAGAUACAGUAGGCGGGAAGAGGUUUAAGGUAUUAAGUAGAGGUCAAAGGGAAGGAUACAGUACAGCAAAGGUGGAAUUUUUACAGGACACUGAACCAGAAAACCCUGAAGAAUUAAAGGCAUUGUCAGACAAGUUAUAUGGUAUAUGUUAUAGCUGGUAUCAGGGUGUACCACAGUCACAGAAAGAUCAGAUACGUCAACAUCUUGGAGAGUUUCCUACAGUAGAUAAUGAUAAUAAUAUUGGUCCGAAUGGCACGGCCUGGCACUGGUGGAUGAUCGCAGUUCUUCCACUUGAUCCUAGAAUUCAGGUUGCUAUGUUAGCUAUGCAAUCAUACAAAGAACGUCUACUGGGGUUGAAGAAAGUGUUAGGAUUCUUGAAAAAUAAACGUGAUAGUAGGUGACUAGUUAUAGUAGUGUCAGUUAUGAUUCUUGUUAUCAAUAUUUUAUUCAGAUACAUCAGUUAAACUAUCAUCAUACUUUACAUUCACUAAUCCAGCAAAUCAUAAAAUGAUUAACUGAUGUGUGAAAAUACGAGUAUCUGUGAACAACAGUAAGACAACAUAUACAUUAGACAGUUCACUAGGGGAGGCAACUCAUCAUCAUGAUUAUAUACAAACAUUGAUAUAUGCAAAAAUAGCAGAUAAUAAAGUGUAUUUCAGUUUGUUAGUGAUCAUGCUACCAUCAGAUGGUCUGAUUUUAUUUUACCUUUUGAUAUUGUCAGCUUAGAUUGUAGGACAUGUAAAAUAAGCUUAUUGUUUUAAAAUACAUCUGGAGAUAACACAAUAUAACAAUUGAUUAAUGCUUGAUGCUCUAGUACUGUCUUAGUAAUAUUCUGUACUGUAAAAUGGAAGACUUUUGUUAACAUACAUUAUAUCAGUGCUUCUGAUUGUAAAGAAUAAUUAAUUUGUCAAGUUGAAUAAAGAAAAAAGCACUAGUUCAAUUAUAUGAAAUUGGCUCAUUUGUUGGAAGUUAAAAGAAUGAAU